AUGCUUGGUGAGGCUGUUGUCUUCGGCGUGUCCGGCGUCGUCUUGAUAUACGAGUACCAUCGAACUCGGGAGGCUGAGCGGCACCGGCAGGAGGCAGCAAGGGAGGAAGUCCGCCGUGAGGGGGCAGCCAGCCGUGCAGAGCUGCGUGCUCGGAUCGAGGAGCUGAGGGAGGAGCUUGGUCGCCAUCGAUCGGAGCUGGGCAUUCUCCGCGCUGAGGUUGCCCGUGCAAAGCUGAACCCUUUGCGGCAAGCUGGUUCCAGCCAACAUCAGUCGGGGAAGUCCGGUGUCGCCCUAUCGGCGAAAGAGCAAAGCUAG